AUGCCGUUCUGGAAGCUGAUGCACAGCUCGAUCAUGGGCGGCGCCUACGUCGGCAUGGCCGGCUUGCUCUCCCUCACCGUGGCCGGGAACUUGGGCCCCGAGGCCACCCUCGGCGCCCAGAAGUUCAUCUUCGCGGCCCUGUUCCCCGUGAACUUGCUGCUGGUGCUGCAGUCGGGCUGCCAGCUGUACACCGGCAACACCGCCACGGUGUCGUGCGCGUUCCUCGAGGGCAAGGUGAAGGUCAAGGAGAUGCUGAGGAGCUUCCUCUUCUCCUGGGUCGGUAACGUGAUCGGCUGCGGAGGACUGGCCGUUGCGGCCUGGUACACUGGCCUCCUCACCGGGGGUGCAGGUUCCAUGGCCGUGAUGACGGUGGCCAAGAAGUGCGGCGGCACGCUCGGCCAGACACUCGUGAAGGCCGUCCUGUGCAACUGGCUGGUGUGCAUGGCGGUCUUCCUGUGCACCCAGGCGAAGGACCUCACGGGCAAGAUGGUCGGCAUCUGGUUCCCCAUCUCCAUGUUCGUGGGCAUCGGCUUCGAGCACUCCGUCGCGAACAUGUUCAUCCUGCCUGCCGGCCUCCUCGCGGGCUCGCCGAUGACGUACAUGCAGACUCUCAUGCAGAACUUACUGCCUGUCACGCUCGGGAACUUGGUUGCGGGGGCUCUAAUCAUCGCCGGCGGCUUCUACUUCCAGUUCGGCAGCCGCAAGUGA